AUCAAAUAAAACAAGGUGGACCCUCCCCCACACCACUCUCACUAUUGAGACAAAAAGGAAAACACUCACCCCUUACCUUCCUUAAUCAUUCCGCCAACCCAUCUCAGCCUACUACAAGAGAAAUCUCCAGCCUUUCUCCAUUGUUGAAGGGAGUUCAAGGGAGCAAGAAAACCAAGGAAGAGGAAAGAGUUGCAAAAUAGUGCAAAAUCCUUGAAAAUAAAGGAACUUGAUUAAACUAUUUUUGAGCUUCGCCGGAGUUUCGCCGGAGUUGGUCAAAGUUUGCCGGAGUUGGUCAAAGUUAGUCAAAGUUCAACCGGGAAGCGUAGAACGCGCUUAAGCUCACUUAAGUUUCAGGUAGAACUUGAAGGUUGCUACCAUCACCGUUGCUUCGGGCGGAUUAUCAAGGAGAGGAGACGUGGUUCGUGCUUCCUCCGUUUCUGUUUUAAACAUUCAAAUUAAUGCUCAUGGAUACUAUUUUCCGAAUAAUUAUUUAGGGCUUGCACGCCCGUGUUUUCCACGUGUGGCUCGAAUGCUGUAUUAAUAUUUCCGCUGCUUAAUUAAAUGAUUUACAUUGUGAUUGUUUAUGGAUGUACUAAUGUGAAUGGUAUUCAAGACGCCUAGUAUAGUAUGGAUGAGUUGGACUGCGGUUGACUAUUCGUACUGUACGGCGGGUUGUUGACGUGUCCGGGAAGGUCCGGGGCGUGACAAACUUCAUCAACAAUCAUCAGACGUUUCUCAUCGUUAUGGUUUAGAUAAAUGACUGAGACCGGAUUGUCAAAUAUGUGAUAUGCUUCGAAAGGUUUGAGUCCAGGUCUUUUCAAGUCCGGUUGUGUGAGAUUUACCUUUGAAUAGUUGUGCUCGAGAGCCAUCUGGAGAUCAUGUGAACCAUAGAAUCGAACCUGUCUUGUCAUGAACCUUUUGAUAGCCUCGAAGCCCUCUUUACCAAGCAUGUCUCUAUGAACUGGGAGUUCCCUACAUCUCAUGAACAUUUGAUAAACGUCAUCCAUAUGAAGUAGAAAGAAGUCAUUCUCUUGGCAGGUAAACUCUGAUCCAUCAGUUCGUUGAAGAUGAAAAACUGAGAACUUGAUUGUUUCCAAAUAGUCUUCUGUUACAUUCAGGAUCUUCCAAACAGGGCAUCCGCUAGUUGCAAGAUUAUGAUUCAGGAUUCGCCGUUGUUCCCCUGUGGAUCAGUGUCCUAGCAUGUACAGAUUUCCACCUCGGUACUUUCCUUUUAGAUGAUUGAUUCUGCGCAUCUUUAGUUCGCUGAAUUUCUUGAUGUUUUCUGGUUGUCGCCAAAUUCUCUCUCGGAUUUCUUCUAGGAAGGGUGCUUUGAUUCUUACGAUUUCCCAGGCUUCUUUAGCUGGUUCUGGUUCCUUGUGGUUUUCUUUUUUAUUCUCCCCUUCCUUGAGUUCAUCUUCAUCGAGUCCAAUCAUCUGUGCAUGAUACUUAUUAAGGAACUCUCUGAGAUGCCAGCUUCGACACAUUUCGUACUGCUCGGCUUCCACUCUAAGGUCAUCCCACUCUGUACACUUGCGAGUCCACUGAUCAUGAACUAGAAAAUCUUCAAGUUCAUCUUGUAUCUGAUUACCAGAGGGAGCUUGCUGCUGUGUCGGAGGUGAUCUGUCAUGUGUAGCACCGGGAUCACAAGGAUUGCCCGUUGUCAUCAGCUUCGAACUAGGUUCUAGCUGAUAGCCUGAUACGAAUGAUGUACUCGAGGUAACAACAUCAGGACUUCCAUUCUGUCCUUGGUCAACAUCUAUAGGAGAUGCGCCUCGGAAUGUUUUGUCUAGCUCGACCAUGCUAGAAGAUGUGGCUAAGGAUUUGUGGCUGGCUGAAGUAGUGGGUUGCUGAUUGGUAGAGGUGGAGGGUUGGUUUGGCAGCGGAGGUUGGCUUGUAGAAGCAACAUGCUCAAGUAACCGCUGGUGCUUGUUCUUCCCCUCAUGAGAAUCCGAAUCAUCAGGAUCCUCAUGUGAACGUUUAGCGCCACAGAGACUCUCAUGACAUGUGCUCUGAAUAUCCAGAGUUAGGAGAAAGUCUUUUUGGAGUGGGGUACAGUUGCCUUCAUCCGUCUUUAGGAUACGAUCGAAAAUCUCAGCUACGAGAUCAUCGAAGGGUACGGUUCUGAGAUUGGGUUUGGUCAUUGUAGGGGAGGAUACUAGUUCUGUAUCCUGGGUUCCCCUUGAGGUGGAUGGUUGUUGAUUUCCUAGGGUUAAUGGUUGGGAAGUUGGGAUUGAAGUGGUUGGGGGCUGAGUGGUUUGAGGUUCGGUUGGUAUAUCCUGAACAACCGGGGUUUGUCUAGAGCCUUGUGCACUAGCAAUUAUUGCUUCGCGCACCCAUGGUUUAAUGGCUGACUCUAGAUAGCUGUUCAGAUAUACGAGAAGGUCUUCAGGGAUAGUGGUUCCAGUUACAGGGGUUGUAACUGUUAUCACAGCAUCAGUGAAAACAGCUGAUGUGUGGCCUGCAUUCAAUGAUGGAAUCAUUGUUGGCGUAGGAGGACUUCCGACCAUCAUUUUUUGUACUCCGGUCGUUGCGUUCAGGGUGAGUGCAUCUGUAUGUGCUGUGAAUAGUGUAGGUGUCCUAGAAAAAUUUGAAAAUGUGGGUAUGGUGACACCUAGACUCGAUGUGAUGGAACGAAUGGGGGUAGUGGUCCGGGGUUGUUGACCACUAAGUCUCUCAACUGAUUCCGAGGGAACCAGCGAGGUCGGUAUGAAUUCCCCUUGAGUUAUUGAAACUCCAGCCUGUUGGGAGACUGGAGAGUGGAUUAGAAAGGGCUGUGCAUGCGCAGUUGAACCGGAUGCUGCGACUUCUACCCGGGAACUGACAAGUUCAGCUCCUGCACCUAGGGGCGUGGUCCGGUAUAUAUUUUUUUGACUGAAAUCGGCUUAGAUAAAUAACCAAUAAAAGUUCAGAGUAUGAGUCAACUGACAAAAAGAAACUGAUAACCGUCAUCCCUCGAACCAGGCUCGGAAUUAAUUGCCGUAGCAAUAUAAUUCGCUGAUCCAUAACCGGGAAACAAAAAGCCUAACUCGGUUACCAAAUUCCUCCCAUCCCCCAAAUCCAAAAUCAACGUCUUACAAACUGGAAAAUAAACGGAAAAACAAAUACCAAAACAGAACCAAACAACAUACAAUUCGACAGAAAAACACAAACUGAAUAAAACGAAUUAAAAUAGAAUCCACUCAUCUUCUUCCAAACCCUAGCUUUGUUUGCACGCCACGGCGGCGGCUCAGGAGGGGGACGCACCCGCCGUUCAUCCGCCACAACUUCAACAUCAGCUUUAUUCAGAUCCGGUUUUUCUUUCUCAGCGCCAGUCGCCAUCAUCUUGUAUUUGUCCACAAAGCUUCCCAGACCGAAAAGAGACACAUCAAACAAAAAUCCAAAACUUUUUUCCACCUCCAUAUCCGCCGACGAAGCGGCUUAUACCGUUGUCGCAGAAGUCUUCAAGCAACACGCCCAAUUCGAAGCAGACCAAAACCUUCAUCUUGUUGUUCGUCAAUACUCCAAACGAAAAGCCCUCCAACAAAUAAAAGACGCGGUGGCUAGCCAAGAAAGCUCGCCGCCGGACAAAAGCCCCUCAAACAAAUAAAAGACGCGGUGGCUAGCCAAGAAAGCUCGCCGCCGGACAAAACCCUAGGCCAAAACCUUGACUAUUAAAUAUUAAAAAGCAGAAAUAAAUCAUAGAGUUUAGAAAAAUGAUAAGAGGUUUUCCUUAAAUAUUUCUUAAAAACUACUGACCUAAAUGUUACUAGACCAAGUGUAGAGAGCUAGAAGAUAGAGAGAAUGUGCUUAUUUAAGAUGCAUCAACACCAGGGACGGGGCAAGGAUGUAAUGUCAGGGGUGUCAAAGUAAUGUAUACCAAUGAAGAUAUAUAUAAAAAUGUGAAUUCUAAGUUAGAAAUAUUAUAUGAUUUUUUAAAUUUCUUAUUAAAUAUUACCAACAGUAUUCUUUCAAUCAUACAUAAAAAAAAUUGUGAUAUAGAGGAAUAUAUUAUAUAUAUUGACACUGUUUAUAUAAAAAAUAGUGGUGUCAUUUUUAACACUUUCAAUCUAUAUAUAUACACAUAUAUAUACAAUAAAUAUAUAAUUUGAGUGGUGUCAUUUGACAACGUAAGCCAACACUUGGCUCUGUCCUUGAUUAACACUACGAUCGACUACACAUUGGAAUAUAAAUUGAUUGGGCCUCUAUUAGGAUGUUUUUACUUGAACUGGAACUUGCUGGUCUGGUCUGGUCUGGUCUGAACUGGUCUGGUGAUGUCUGGUCUAUGUGUUUUUUUAUAACUAUCCAAGUCUAGUCUAAUCUGGAUUGGUCUGGACUGGUCUGAUUUGGUCUAUUCUAAUCUGGUCUAGUCUAAUCUGAUCUGAAACUAAAAACAGUCCAAGUAAACACAUCCUUACUCAAUCGAGUAUAAAGCUAGAGAAGAUAGACCAUUUGUGAGGUAUUAAGAGCCCAAAAGACUAAAAGGGAGCUUUUGGACUCCUAAUUGUAUGUGGUGAUAGUUUAAAAGAAAAAAAAAGAAUAGGACGGCCUAUGGGCUAUGGUUUCUUUUAAACUUAUAUAAUUUUUUUAUUUAUUUUCCAAGUUUUUCAAAACAUGUAUCAAAAUUCUUUUUUGAUCUUUCAUAUGACACCAAUAUGUAAUAUAUAAUAUGAACAAAAACAAAUCUGAAAUUUUAAUUGUUGAAUCUUCUUGAGCCCCAAAGAACACGAAGCACAAAUUUUUAAUUCAUGGAGCCUUCACAAAUAACUAAAUAUUCCAUAAUCGAACAUUACUUGAACUAAAUUGAUUUUUGUUAACCGCACAACGUUAAAAAAUUAAUCAAAUUUAUUUAUUUUUACAUUAAAUGUGUAUUUUUUAUUUCAUAAAUAUUCAGGGAAAAAACUAUAAGGAAGACAUUACUUAUAAUAAUUUAAUUAAUGUUUUGUUAGAUUAGUAUGUAAAAAAUAUGCUGAGUGUAUUUUAUUGACGGUCUUGGAAUGCAGAAAAAUAGAAGCCUAAACAAUGUUUUGGCCUCUCCACUAGAGAUGACAACGGGGCGGAUCGGGGAUGGUUAUGCAUAUAACAGUACCCGCCCCGUUGGGUAACUUCCCGGCCCCGUAGCUGCCCCACUAUCCAACGGAUAAUUUUUAUCCAAACCAUUACUGUCCCGACGGGUAAUGACGAUUAUAACCGCUGGUAACCGUUUUAUUAUUUAAUGAAUCAUUGAUAUUUUAAUUUAAAAAUUAUUAUUUCAAAAGGAAAAUAAAUUAAUAGGGAUCACCUAGACGACUCUUGUGUUGAAACCCCUCAGCAAAAUGCUAGGGUUGAAAGAAAACAUCAGCAUAUUCUUCAAGUUGCCAGAUCUCUUUUGUUUCAGUCUUGUUUACCUCUCAUUUUUUGGUCUGAUUGCAUUCUCACUGCUGUGCAUAUUAUAAAUAGGAUUCCUAGUUCUAUUCUUAAUAAUAAAUCUCCCUAUGAAUUAUUAUAUGGUAAGGUGCCUGAUUAUUCUCAUCUCAGAGUUUUUGGUUCUCUUGUCUAUGCAUCUACUUUGUUUGCUGAUAGGUCAAAAUUUGACAAAAGGGCUAUCAAAUGUGUUUUUAAUGGGUAUCCUCUUGGAUUCAAAGGAUAUAAAUUAUAUGAUAUUUCUAAUCACAAAUUUUUUAUAUCAAGAAAUGUUAAAUUUUAUGAAAUGAUUUUCCCUUACAAAAGUAAUUCUGAUUCUUCUAAUCAUAUGCAUUCUGAUUUUGUUUUAGAUUCUUCUAAUUCUGAUGCUUACACUUACGAAAAUCGCAUAGCUUCUAAUCAUUAUUUAAAUAAUCAGAUCAAUGAGGAAAUCAAUAGUAUGAAUAUACAUACUUCUACUAUUAAUAAUAACACUGUUUCAGAGGAGCAGCCUCACAGAAAAUCCACCAGAGUAAGAUCUAUACCUAUUCACCUUCAAGAUUACAAUUACGAAUUACCUAACUAAUCACUGCAGGUAUUUCUCCUUCUUCUUCUUCUUCAUGUAAUAUUGUUAGAUAUCUUAUUCAAAAUCAUAUAACAUCCAAUAGAUUAGGUCUUUCUCAUUCUUGCUUUACUGCUGCUCUUUCAAAACUUACUGAACCUAAAAUCUAUAAGCAGGCUGCCAAAUUCCCUGAAUGGAAGGCCAUGUCAAAUGAAAUUCAAGCUUUAGAAAAUAAUAAUACUUGGGUUUUAGUUCAACCUCCUUCUAAUCAAAAUAUUAUUGGUUGUAAAUGGGUUUUUAAAACAAAACUAAAACCUGAUGGCUCUCUAGAUAGAUAUAAAGUCAGAUUGGUAGAUAAAGGUUAUACUCAAGAAGAAGGUUUUGAUUAUUUUGAUACUUUCUCUCCUGUUGUUAAAUUAACAACUGUCAGAAUUGUUUUGGCUAUUGCCAGUGCUAAAAACUGGUUUUUACACCAACUUGAUGUAAACAAUGCCUUUUUACAUGGUGACUUAAAUGAAGAUAUUUUUAUGCAGCCUCCUCCAGGUUAUUUGCCUUCUACUGAUAACUGAAUCUGCAAGCUUGUUAAGAGCCUCUAUGAUCUUAAACAAGCAUCUAGACAGUGGUUUUGUAAGCUUUCUGAUUCUCAAGCUGAUUUCUCUUUAUUCACUAAAAUCACUAAUACCUCUCUUAAUUACUGUACUUUUAAUAUAUGUAGAUGAUAUAAUUCUUGCUGGAAACAGUAUGAAAGAAAUCACUGCAGUUAAAACUUUUUUAAAUAACAAAUUCACUAUUAAAGAUAUUGGAGAAUUAAAAUAUAUUUUAGGAAUUGAAAUUGCAAGAUCUAAUAAAGGUAUAAAUCUUUGUCAAAGAAAAUACACUCUAGAUAUUUUAACUGAAUAUGGUUAUCUUCAUUCUAAACCUUAUACUACUCCUAUGGAUUCGAAAAUAAAACUGUCUAAAAAUGAUGGAACUGUUUUAGAAAAUCCUAAAACAUAUAGAACCCUUAUUGGUAAACUGCUUUACUUAACAGUAAUCAGGCCUGAUAUUGCUUAUAGUGUACAAGUUCUUAGUCAAUUUCUUGCUUCUCCUACUGAUGUUCAUAUGAGUGCAGCUCAUAGGGUUCUCAGAUACCUAAAGAAUUCUCCAGGUAAAGGUUUACUUUAUCCUUUUAAUUCUGACUUUUCUAUUCAAGGCUACACUGACUCAGACUGGGCAGCUUGUGUAGACACUAGAUGAAGUGUUUCAGGUUAUGCUUUCUACCUUGGAAAUUCUUUAAUUUCUGGGAAAUCUAAGAAACAGCAGGUUAUCAGUAGAUCUUCUACUGAAGCAGAAUAUAGGGCUGCUGCUAAUGCAGUCUGUGAGACUCAAUGGUUAUCUUACAUCUUUACAGAUUUGCAUAUACCUAUUUCUUUACCAAUAAUUAUUUGCACUGAUAACAAAUCUACCUAUCAUCUUGCUCAUAAUCCCAUUCAACAUCAAAGAACCAAGCACAUAGAACUGGACUGUCAUUUAGUUAGAGAAAAAAUUAAUUCUGGAUUAGUUACUUUGAUUCAUUUUAAGAAUAAUUUUCAACUUGCAGAUGUUUAUACAAAACCGCUUGGAAAUCCUUUGUUCAGCCAGUUUGCAGUCAAGAUGAACAUGUUAGACAUCCAUGCUCCUCUUGAGGGGACAUAUCAAGAAUAAACAACCUGGACUGGACUUGCUUAGCUCUGGAGUUUUGGGCCUAUAUGUUAUUUUUGGGCUUUAUUGCAUAUUAUGUAAUAAUGUAUAAAUACCCUCUGUAGUUUAUACUUUUAGGUCAAGACUUUCAUUUAGAUCAUUCAUUCGAUGUGCUAUUCUCUUCUCCAAGAAACACUCUGUAGCUUUGUUCAUCAACGAUUCAAUCUGUUCUCUGAGAAUUAAUUUUCACAAGUAUAUCC